AUGUGGAUAAUAUAUGCUGUAGUUCUACACAUCCUUCUGCUCGGUUCAAUUUUUGUAAUAUAUUUUCGUUCUCCGGUCAUAACAAAUCUAAAGCCACAACCACAACUGCCGUUGGAGGCACCAGCAAAACGUUUAGUACUCUUUGUUACCGAUGGUCUGCGAGCGGAAUCAUUUUUCCACGAACAAUGUAAACAUAUACCACACUUGAAGAUGUUGAUUAAGCAGGUGGAGGCAAAUGGUGUCGUCGGUAUAUCCCAUACACGUGUACCCACCGAAUCUAGACCGGGUCAUAUUGCCCUUAUUGCUGGACUCUAUGAAGAUCCGUCGGCCGUAACCCGAGGAUGGAAAGAAAAUCCCAUAGAAUUUGAUACCGUGUUCAAUCGCAGCCGUAAGACAUAUGCCUGGGGUGCCAAUGAUGUGCUGCACAUCUUUGCACGUCUAACUAAAGAUGAUGAGCAGCGGCUAUUUUUUGAUUCCUAUUCUCAUGAAUUGGAUUUUUCGGGUAAAGAAAAAACAUACGAGCUGGAUCGUUGGGUAUUCGAAAAGGUGGAAAAGUUUUUGGCACGUAAAUCUGAAGAUUUGAGGAGGGAGGAAAAAGUGGUGUAUUUUUUGCAUUUAUUGGGUUUGGAUACGGCGGGUCAUGUACACAAACCUGGUACGGAAUUGUUUUUGGAAAAUCUUCUCUAUACCCAGGAGGGUAUAACGAAAAUGUACGAAUUAUUUGAAUCGACUUUCAGGGAUGGUAAAACAGCGUACGUUUUGACUUCAGAUCAUGGCAUGACAAAUGCGGGUUCCCAUGGUGCUGGUGAAAGAUUUGAAACGGAAACUCCUUUCUUUAUAUGGGGAGCUGGCAUCAAUUCCAAACCUUUUGCAACUGCAGAAACCUUCCAACUAGAUAUGGAAAUUAAGCGACCACUAUAUCGUCUGGAACAAGCACAAAUAGCGCCAUUGAUGUCAGCCCUAUUGGGUAUUGGUGUACCAAUGAAUAAUUUUGGUAUUUUACCCAAAGGCUAUAUUAAUUCCUCGCAAGAAUAUAAUGCCUUGGCUGCGGAAAAUAAUGCCCAUCAAUUGUUGGAACAAUAUCAAGCCUUGCUGCGACAACACAAAGAAGGCUAUCUCACCGAAUUUCUACCAAAAUUCCAAGAAGACAUACAAGGCAUAAAAUUCACCAUACGUAAUCACAUCGAAAAGAAGAAAUUCAACUUGGCUCUGGAGGAAAGUUAUACAUUAAUGGAGGCAGCCUUAAAGGGCAUUGAAUAUUAUUUCGGUUAUUAUCGUUGGCCAUUGUUGGUGGCAACCACUGCCACUUUUAUAGGUUUCAUAGGAAUUUUAUUGAAAUUGUUAUUGAGCAACGAUGGCAGUAAUACAUCAUCGAAAUGGUCUUUACGACAAUUACCGCAUAGAAAUCGCCUAUUGGUAAUUGGUAUAGGCUUGUUGAUCCUAAGCUUCUGUUUGCUACAACAAUUGCCAAUUACAAUUAGCCUAUAUUUACUUCUGCCCACCGUUGUGUGGUAUUAUUUUGUAACAGCGGUGACAGCAGGUUCACAAAAUCUUAACAAAUUGCUGAAUAUUAAACAGUUGUUAGUACUUCUAGCUUCCUCUGAACUCUUGGUUUAUAGUUUCUUUGAUAGACGGGCUAUUUCCUUGGGAUUCCUUUUAUUCACCUUAUACGAAAAAUUAAAUCGGAAUUCACUGACUAAUAAUAAACUGAAAUUUGUUGUAAGUCUAUGUCUAAGUUUUAUCCUAAUAGUAUUUCCCCUAUUACCCAAUUCGGUGGGCUAUUCCCAUGAUUUGUUAUUGUAUUUGGGAAUCGCCUUAACCAUUCUACGUUCAUUGCUAGUCAAAGUUCCCGUUAAUUUAAGUGAUCGCAUUGUUGCCUUGCUGGCAUUAGUCAAUGGCUGUCUUUGCAUUUAUAGACAUUCCAAGCAAUAUGGCCUGCUUUUAGUUUCCCAAAUAUUAUCUUGGUCAUUCCUAGUCUAUAUCGUAAUUGUCCUCAUAAGACCCUCCAAGCUUUCGCUUAAACAAAAAUUAGAACGUUUAAUAUUUUUAUUGACCGCCUUGUAUUGCCUUUUUUGUACCUCCUACGAAGCAGUAUUUAUUUUACUACUAAUUACAGAACUACUGUCCUCGGUUGAUGGUGAAACUAAGGUUUACCACAAUCUGGUGAGUCCCAGUUCAUCUUCGUCACAGCAUAUUUCACAAUGUUUCCGUUAUGCCUUCAUAAUGCUACUCUACACGUUCUUUUCGUUUUUCGGCACGGGCAACAUAGCCUCAAUCAGUUCCUUUGAUCCCAACAUUAUACGUUGCUUCCUCACAACCUUUUCACCAUUUGUUAUAAUGUUUUUGGUAAUAUUGAAACUUAUUAUCCCACUGCUACUGAUUAUGUCCAUAAUAUUGACUUUGUCACCAUUCGCCUUACGCUAUGAGCGGCAAAUUUUCAUUUGCCUUCUAAUCUUGUGUGAUAUUAUGGGUCUGAAUUUUCUGUUUUUGGUUAAAAAUCAAGGGUCAUGGCUGGAGAUUGGCUCGUCUAUAUCACAUUUUGUUAUAAUGCAAGUAACCACAUUGGUUCUGAUUGUUUUUGUUUAUAUCUCUAAGUUGAUUUUGAAAAUUCAAACACCAAGUAAAGUCAAUUUGGGUAGUAGUUUGAAUAAAAUUAAUUAA